CCAUGGCUCCGACUUAGCUAAAAGGGCGCCGGAUGAAUACUUCCUCCCUGUCCAGCUCGACUAAGUCUUUGCAAAUGCUCCCAAUUAUCUUUGCGAAUAUCUUGAUGUUUGCUGGUGGCUCUGGCCUUGCUCGAUGCUUCGCUGUCAACUUCUCGACUUCUUUGGUCGACAUGUUCAAUGCUAGAAAGAAAAGCAUGGUCUAGGU